AGCUCCCGCAAUCCCGGCUACCGUACUCAUAUAAAAGCUACAUUCCUCCAGUUACGCGUAUUUUUUCGCCACUUAACAUGUUCAGGAUUACACUGGUAGCCCUUGCCGCCCUUUUGGGCAGUCAAGGGGCCCAGGGUGCCGGCACAACCGCUGCUCCAAAUUGUGGAUCGAACCCGGCCGAUAUAGUGUUCUUGUUGGACUCUUCCGGUUCGGUAGGUUCUUCUAACUUCCAGAAACAGCUGGACUUCGUUGCUAAAUUCGGCCAGGCUUUCGACAUCGGACCCAGAAAUGUUCAAAUCGGCGUGGUGACUUUUGCAUCUACACCGCACAACGAAUUCAACCUCAACACACACCUUACAAAACAUGAUCUAGUCACAGCUGUUCAUAAAAUAGGUUAUCACUCUGGUGGAACACGUACUGAUCUUGCUCUGAAGUAUGUAGAGGCCAACAGUUUUACGAAACCAGCCGGAGAUCGUCCCGGUGUCGCCAACAUUCUCAUUGUAAUGACGGACGGCAAAUCCAACAUGCCACAACUUACACUUGAUGAAACAAAAAAAUUACAUAAUCUGAAUGCAAAGGUGUUUGCUAUUGGUAUUGGUUCGGGAGUUGACAGGAAUGAACUGGGUCACAUCGCUACCGAUUCCAAACACGUGUUCCAAGUGAGCAAUUUUAACGCACUAGACACUCUUCAAGCUGAACUCAAGAAAACGGCAUGUAAAAUCGACGGGGGAUGGACCAAAUUUGGCUCCUACUCUCCAUGUACAAAAUCGUGUGGCGGAGGUACUCAGUUCAGAGAACGAUCAUGCACGAACCCACGACCAGCUAACGGAGGUGCUCAGUGUACCGGAAAUGCAAAAGAGACAAGGCAAUGCCACACAAAUGCCUGUCCUACUAAACCCCCACCGACCACGACGACAACGCCAAAAACAACACCGAUUCCUACUACGUUAGCCGCAGGCUGCAACGGCACGGAACCAGCCGACAUCGUCUUUAUCUUGGACGCCUCUGGCAGCGUAGGUGCAACCAACUUCAACAAAAUGCUCGAAUUUGUGAAGAAAUUAGUUGACGGAUUCCCUGUAGGACCAACGGAGACACACAUUGGUUUGAUAACGUUCGACUCAAAGACAUACCUUCAAUUCCAUCUCAACAAAUAUAUGGACAAAGCUUCAAUCAAAAAAGCUGUAACAAGUACAAGAUACACGUCUGGAACAACGCACACUUCUGACGCAAUCAAGUACGCUCGGCAGACGGCAUUUUCCACACAGAAUGGAAUGCGACCAAAUGCCGCAAAAAUAGCAAUCAUAGUCACAGACGGACAGUCGAACAAUGCUGCAGCCACUGCAUCAGAAGCCGCCCUGCUCCGCAAAAAUGGAAUCACCGUUUUCUCUAUUGGUGUGGGAUCCGGAGCCAAACGUUCAGAAUUAAAUGCCAUGGCAACUGAUCCGGACGCUACACACGUGUUCACAGUGACAAACUUCGCCUCGUUGGACAACAUAAAGGGGUCCUUGUCAAAGAAAACUUGUGAAGUAAAGGCAACAACGCUGCCACCAACAACACCUGCCCCCAAAAAGGCAGACUGUGAGGCUCAAGCUGACAUUGUCUUCUUGCUCGACUCCUCCGGAUCUGUAGGUUCCGGCAACUUCCAGAAAGUCAAAAGUUUCGUACAUGAUUUAAUGAACAGUUUCAACAUCGGACCUGGGGCAGUACAGGUUGGGGUUGACACGUUCCAGUCUAGCGUAAAGUCUGAAUUCAACUUAAACACCUACCACGACCGUCAAUCCGUACAGACAGCCAUCAACAAAAUACCCUAUCACUCUGGAGGAACCAACACUGCAAAAGCCCUCACGUUUGUGAAGGCGGAUAGCUUCACAGCCGCUCAUGGUGACAGACCAAAGGUUCCAAAUGUGGCGAUUGUUGUAACUGACGGAAGGUCAAGCAGUGCCACCGCGACAGCUGCUGAAGCGAAGAAGUUACGUGAUGCCGGCGCAAUCGUGUUGGCUAUUGGUGUCGGAAGCGGUGUAUCCAAGACCGAACUGAAUGCUAUAGCAACUGACCCAGACAGCACCCAUGUGUUUGCUGCAGACAACUUCGAUGCAUUGAAAUCACUAAAGGCUCUUCUAUCUACAAAAGCUUGUGAAGUUUCAAAACCUGUGGUUAACACAACAAAAACAUGUGCCGCAAAGGCUGACAUAGUUUUCAUUCUGGAUUCCUCGGGCAGUAUCGGCCAAAGCAAUUACAACAAGAUGCUUAGCUUUGUCCGAGAUGUGUCAUCUAAAUUUGACAUUGGACCCGACAAGGUUCGCAUUGGAACUGAGAUUUUCAGCGACAGGACCUAUAUACAGUUCAACCUCAACAAAUACAAUGACGGUGCUUCAGUGGACAAGGCGAUCGGAAAUAUCCCAUAUAAGAGAGGAACUACAAACACUGGACAAGCUCUCAAGGAUGCUUACAGCAAAAUGUUCACAGCAGGAAAUGGUGACAGACCCGGUGUUCCAAACAUUGCUAUCGUCGUCACCGACGGAAGGUCAACAAACCGCCCGACAACAUUGUCGGAAGCCAAGAAACUUCGAGACUCUGGUGCACAGGUGUUCACAGUCGGUGUGGGUUCCGGUGUAGAUAAGUCAGAGCUGAAUGCUGUAGCAACUGACCCAGACAGUUCCCACGUGCUACAAGUGACAGAUUUCAGCAAGUUAACACAAAUUACUGCCUCACUCAACAGCAAGGCAUGCGCAGCUAUUCCACCAACGGGACAGUCACUAACACCAAAGCCGGGUACCACAAUAGUCCCGGACGCCUGUCAGGACCAGAACGUUAACUGUCAUUCCUAUGAUAUUCCAAAAGUGUGCACGGACUAUGCUGGCUGGGCUAGAGAUAACUGUCAGAGAAGUUGCGGUUUCUGUCCAAAUGUUCAUGCGACUGCUCCUCCACCGUGUGUGGAUGCUAUCCCGAACUGCCACGAGUACUCUCCAAGUGCGUGUAGAGACUUUCAACCAUGGGCGUCUGACAAUUGCCGACAGUUCUGUGGCUUUUGUAAUAUUGGAAAUGGCAAACAGGUGUUGACAGGCUUCUUCGGCAAGUGUUAUUACGGUGGAAAGACAUACAAUCAAGGUCAGACCUGGGACGAUGGCUGUGCCUAUGAAUGCACGUGCGAUGACGCAACACAGGGCCGAUACAGCUGCUACAACAAAUGUCCUCUGUAUUACAACCUACCGCCCCAAUGUACACUGGUAAGUGAUGGAAGCUGCUGCCUAAAGCCCGUGUGUGACUUCAAGGGAACACAUCUUACGACAAACGGCCAGACCGUAGGCAAAUACAAUGGCGUCAAUGUAUGUAUGUACAAGAACCAGCCAUAUUACCAAGGUCAGACAUGGCAGGAUGGUUGUGACAAAAGCUGCUACUGUCAGGAUGGCUCCGUGGGUCUCUGGACCUGCCAAUCUUUGUGUGGUCAUUACGACAACCUACCAUCACAAUGUCAUCUAGAGAGAGCCGCUGGUAAAUGUUGUGAGGAACCAGUAUGUACAUUCAAUAAACAAUUUGGACAAUUCACUGGAGCCGGGACUCUGUCCGGCAAGGGAGCAGGAGCUACCGUUAUGACAACCCCGCCCCCUUGUGCUGACAAAGAUGCUAACUGUGUCAGAUACCCGAAAGGAACGUGCAGUGAUGUACAGUAUGCAGGCUGGGCACGAGACAACUGUGCUAAAUUCUGCGGCUUCUGUGAUCCUAGUGCUGUCCCUACCCCAGGACCAAACGACGUCUGUGUUUACAAUGGGAAUGCGUACAGACAGGGGCAGAGGUGGGACGAUGGAUGUAAUCUCGAAUGUGUUUGUGAAAACGCUCAAUAUGGAUUCUACAGAUGUCAAAAGAAAUGUGCAGAUGUUGUUAAUCUACCUCUUGGCUGUACACAAGUGAAAGCUCAGGGAGAUUGUUGUCCCAAAAUCCAGUGUUCAGGAACAGGAGGUACAUUUACUGGGUCACAGACAGUUCCAGGCACUAUUGGUGGAUAUCCAGUUCCGUCACCCAUGGUAACACCGGCACCAGGUCAGACAUUGGCCCCAGGAAUGAUACCAACAGCACAGCCAGGACAAAUCACUGGGGCCCUCAAUGGUUGUUUGUACAAGGGAACCCUGUAUUCGGCUGGACGUCGAUGGGAUGAUGGAUGUGACUAUACCUGUGUAUGUAAUGAUGCCAGCACUGGCCAGUACAAAUGUACACCCAAAUGCCCAACCUUCACCAACCUCCCUUCAUCAUGCCAAAUGCAGGAUAACCCCAACGAUCCGUGCUGCAAACAACCCGUAUGUACACCGGGCACCGGAACCGGAACUAGUGGUUCUUCUGUGGUACCCAUUCCAACAUACGGCAAGGGAUUUACUGGAUACGGUCGUCCAGUAAUGCCAUCCAUUGGUUCCGGAACCAGUGGAAUGAACCCAACACCUAUUCCUGGUCAGCCAGUCGGCAUUACAGGAUCAGGAAGAGGCUGUGCAUACAAUGGAAAGGUCUACAUGCAGGGUCAGACUUGGGAUCAGGGUUGUACAUACCGCUGCGAAUGUGUCGAUGCCAGUGCGGGCCAGUACAGGUGUACUGAAAGAUGCACAGCUUACACGAAUAUUCCACCACAGUGCAGUCUUAUAACAGAUCCUAGUGACUCGUGUUGCAAGACGAUCAAGUGUGAUUUCACCAAACCUGUCACCACAAUUGCACCAUUGUUUGCCCAGACAACACCUGUGGCUGGGGCAGCGUUCUGUAAGUACCAGGGAUAUUACCACAGACAAGGAGAAGUAUGGAAUGAUGGUUGUGGACUGACCUGUAGAUGUGAGGAUGCUUCCAACCAGUAUUACCAGUGUACUGACAGAUGUCCUAAAUAUGAUAACGUUCCCUCAACAUGCACAUUUGUAGCUGAUCCCAAGGAUCCCCAGUGUUGCAGAGUACCUCAAUGCCAGGGAACCGGACAAGGAGUCCAGGGUUUCACUGGAUCCUUCGUAGGCUAUGGACGUCCACCAAAUGUUGAUCCAACAAGCUUAGCGAAGACCGGAUACGGAAGCGCUUGUCUGUACAAGGGACAAGUUUACCAGCAAGGUAAUACAUGGCAAGAUGGAUGCGACUAUGAAUGUGAGUGUACUGAUGCUACUAAAGGAAUGUACAGAUGCACAGAAAGGUGUCAGCGAAUUGCCUCUGUCCCCAACGGAUGUCAUUUUGCACAGGAUCCGAAUGACGCUUGUUGCCAGGUACUUAAGUGUGACCCCACUUCAUCUCUGGGCACAUGCAAGGAUGCAAUCGGCAACUGCGCCGGCUACGGAUCAUACAUUUGCGGAGCUAACUACAAGGGCUGGGCUCAACAGAACUGUGCCAAAUAUUGUGGAUAUUGCGGAGGAGGUACAAACCCUCUAAGUGGUAGCACUGGUGGAGUAAUUUCUGGAGAAUGCAAAGACACCGUACCCAACUGUGAUCAAUACAGUAGUACCGUGUGCACAGAUCCGCAAUAUGACGGCUGGGUAAAUGCCAACUGUCGCAAAUACUGCAACAAGUGUGGUAGUGGAACCGGAACCGGAACUGGAACCGGAGGAACUGGCACCGGAACUGGCACUGGUGGUACAGGAACUGGAACGGGCACUGGCACUGGAGGCACCGGAACAGGCACUGGCACUGGAAUGACAGGCACUGGAACAAGUGGAUCAUGCGUGGAUGUACAGACUAACUGUGCGGAGUACACACAGGCCGCAUGCGUAGAUCCUUAUAUUGACUGGGCAAAGAAGAACUGUGCACGAUUCUGUGGCUAUUGUGGUAUGACCGGUACAGGUACAGGAACUGGGGGUGGAAGCAUCACUGGUUUCCAGACUGCAGCACCGGGCUCGGGUUUCACGGGAUUUAGCGGUGGAUGCGUCUACAAGGGCAAAUACUACGGUGCCAAUGACGAAUGGGUAGAUGGCUGUGACUAUAAUUGUACAUGUGUUAAUGGACAGACUGGAUUCUACAGAUGUGUUGACAGAUGUCCAACCUACUCAUUGCCAGCUGGAUGCGUGUUAAGGAAACCUGCAGGACAAUGUUGUGGUGUACCCGACUGUACUGGUGCAGGUACCGGAACUGGAGGAACCGGAACUGGAGGAACGGGUUCAGGUACAUCAGGAACUGGAACGAUGACGGGAUCUGGUAUAUCAGGGAGCGGAACAAAUACAGGAAACACACAGGGUUGUUUCUAUAACAACAAGCUGUACCAGCAAGGACAAACAUGGAAAGACGGUUGCAAGUAUAACUGCCAGUGUGUAAAUGCUGCAACAGGACAGUACAGCUGCGCGGCUUUGUGUUUGAACUGGCAGUUACCAAGCGCUUGCCAUCUGGAUCCUCCAGCUGCAGGAAAAUGUUGCCAGACACCAAACUGUCCAGCAGGCUACACACUCAACUACCCAGCAGGCUGGGACAAGAACAACCCGCCAUAAACAUACAGCAUUGGCGCAAUAAAUGUGCUCAGUAGAGACUUUAGCAUGACGAACUGAUUUUUUUUUUAUUUUGUUACAUUGUAUCUGCUGUAUUGUUUGUUCUAAGACAUGUCUCCGCUUUGUUUCGACUUGAGGGAUGGUUAUAGCUGGUUUUAGAAGACAGUGUAUCGUUAGUCUAUAAUUCAAACUUUUAAGUUUUCACAAAUAAUGUCUUGGAGUUGUUAAAAUGGCAACAUGAUUUCAUUCUCUUUGUACUUUUAUAUGUUGUUGUAAAACAUUUUACAACGUCUUAAAAUAAAUUCAUGAACAGU